ACAUGUAUUUAUAAGGUGGGUGAGGUGCAGGAUAUAUGCAUAACCGGAUUGAGUGAACAGAUACUCUUCAGUGCUCUCGAGUUCGGUCAUCAUGGAUUGGCAUUUGCGUCUGCUUCUUUCUUUGCUUGUGGUGUUUGCUGCUGAAGCCACCACCACAAAGCACAUGAAGGACUUCAUCAGAGCUGUGGAGAGCAUUGAAGCUGUGAAUCCAGAUCUUCAGAUGCUCGAUGUGGUGAAAGGUCUACGUAAGGCUGCUGGGUUUGAAACCAACCUCAUCAAGCAAUACCUCGGUGACCUCAGUGAUGCACAUGACCUUGUGUCAGAUCCAUCAGUCACUUCCUAUGUAAACGAGGUCAUUAAUCACAGCCUGUCAGAGUUGGGUAAGGAAAAAGGUGUGGUUCUCACGUUAGAUGGUUCAAAUGUGGCGUUGGCCCCAAUGCUCCUCGGACUUGAGGCUGGGCUGCAGUCCACCGUCCAAGGCCUUUACCCUUUAAGCUUGACCCACAACCUGGUCGCCUCAUUUCUACAUCACGUCCACAAUGAACAAACCACUCUUUCUUUUGGCACUAAAGGGUUCUGGGAUAGCAUUUCAUCCCCAAAGGUCUACACUCUCUCUGAUUUGCCCUCCUUGGCCACAGACGCUCUAAUAAUUGGAGGUAUAGACGGGUUCAUUCUCGGGUCAGAAGUUUCCACGUCUAACCAUCGUGAGCGAUCACUGAGUGACCUGCUGAAGAGUUACUACAGCCACCAGCCUGAUGCCGCAGGGUUGGACGCAUCGCCCCGUCUGAUCAGUCAGAAACGAAGGAUGAACUUCAAAAAGCUCGUCAGCUUCUCUUUGCUGAAAAGCCAGAUGGUCCAGGCUCUAACAGUUCGACCCAACUUAAAUGAGACUGAGAGGAAGAGGCUGGAUGAUGUUAUAAACGAAGGCUUUGACCAGUUUGUCCAUGUGUAUGCUGUAGUCAUUUCAAGGUCUCAAUGGGGAGCUGCAGCUUUCAUUGGUUCUCCCUCCUAUCUGUCUCUCCCUAUGCCGUACCUUUUCAUCCACCACACAUAUCAACCCUCCAAGCCUUGCACCACCUUUGAUCAAUGUGACAGUGACAUGCGCUCCAUGCAGCGCUACCACCAGCAAACCAAUGGAUGGUCUGACAUUGGAUACAGUUUUGUUGCAGGUUCUGAUGGAAACCUGUAUGAAGGCCGAGGCUGGAAUUGGGUCGGUGCCCACACUUACGGGUACAACUCCAAAGGCUAUGGUGUCAGCUUUAUUGGAGAUUAUACCUCCACCCUCCCCAUCAAGAGUGCGAUGGACAUGGUGAGGUAUGACUUCACAAGCUGUGCUGUGAACAGUGGUGGAUUGUCUUCAUCAUACUCCUUAUACGGACACAGACAAGCUACUUCCACUGAUUGCCCAGGAAACUCCUUUUACCGUGAAAUCCAGACAUGGGAGCAUUACCAGAGUUAUUUGCCUUGAGGAUUGUGGCAUCAACAAUGAAUGCAAUCACCUAAUUGUGUCUCUGGAAAUCAGUACAUGUAUUACAUGUAUCGGUCAUAAUAAAUGCAUAAUAAAUUACUUUUGAAAAUCA